CUAGGAAGGCGCGCCCCCUUGCGCUGCGUCCCCGGGCCACCCCACGCCGCCGCCGUAGCCCCCGCGCCGCCCGCCCCCGGGGAGCGUUCUGAAUACACACGGCCGUUGUUUUGACGGAUCGGAUUGUCGAGUGGAGUGUUGACAGCUGUGCCCCGACACAUGCCCGGGCAGCGAUGGUGACCCACGCGGGCCGGCCAGCCCUCCACUCUGAGCUCUCCGCCCUACAGCACGACCCUCCAAGCUCCAGCCACGGCGGCGGGUACCGGCUCCGGCCCGGGCCCCGGCCAGACCAGGACCAGGACGCCUUCGGCGAGGGAUGCACGACGGACAGCCAGGAACAUGGAGGUCCUCCAUGAGGUGGUGCCAGACAAGCAGCCGGCGCCGACGGCCGAGUCCUCCACUGAUGAAGACGACGCCGAGCAGGACCGCCAGGAACAUGACGUGCCCCGCGUGCUCUUUCCGUCCACCCCGCACCGGAAAAGGCCACACAGCUCGGCGCUGUCGCUCACGCCGCUCUGGCAGCAGGUCAUCAAGUACCACCGGCUGCCCGCGUCCCUCGACAAGGAUCGCGUAUUUGCCGAAGUGGCGGCGCGGCUGCACGACCCGGAAUGGGAGGUCCGCCAACACGCCCUGCGCGUGCUCGUCGACCUCAUCGCCGUGCUCGAGCCCCGCGACAUGGCCGUGCUCGUGUCGUCGGGCGUGGCCUCCGAGACCAUCGCCAACCUCGGCCACGCGGCGCCGGCCGUGCGGCAGACCGCCACGGAGGCCCUGGCCACGCAGCUCCGGAGGACGUCGGACCCCGAGGGCGUGCUGCGCGCCGUAGUGGAGCAGGGCCUGGAGGGCCAGCAGCAGGGCCAGGGCCCGCUGGGCACCAUCCUCGCGCUGCCGGGGCUGCUGUCGCGCGCCAUGCAAGCGCACCCGGGCUGGGCGCCCACUCCGCAGGGCGUGGCGCACCUCGUGGGCGCGCUGGCCGGGCGCCUGGUGCAGGUCACCUACCAGCCGCAUGCCCUAGCCGCCAUGCUGGCCCUGCGGGACGCCCUGGGCCAGGGCCGCUUCAACGCCGCGGUCGAGACCCUGCCGGCCGCCACAAGGAGGGACUUCGCGGUGCUGUGCCAGGUCUAUGAGAGGUCCGAAGAGCAGCGCGACGACGAGCAGGGCGUCGACUGGAAUGGCAAUGAGCACGCCGACAAGGGCGACUUCUCCAGCGGGGAGUCCACUGCCGGCGCCGACGUUGCUGUGAACGUGGUGGCGGUGCAGCAGGGCGACGACGCGCCGCCUGGGAGGGUCGUCAUGGAGACCGAGAUCAAAUUCGACGCGGACACGGCCAUCACAAUGACUAUCCUGGAAGAGGAACAGCAGCAACAGCAGCAACAGCAGCCACCCAGGACGACGAUAGAGUCCACGGAGAGCGAGGACGGUGAUGAGGAGGACAGCGACGAAGACGAGGAAGAUGAGGAGGACGAGGACGAGGACUUGGCUCGUAACACGGACAGCAACGCCUUCGUGAUGCAGGUUCUUACAGACGAGGAAGAUGAUGAACUUGACGUUGUGCCUCAGGAAGCGCUUCAGGGUUUGCCGGACACCCCGCGCAGGACGGCCAGAAGAGUGCGCUUCGGGGGUGAGAUCGUGAAGAUGCGAACCCCGGACAGCGACGCAGCGGAGAACGGGGACGGGGGAAGGGAGAGAAGAGAGCGGGAGAGGGAAAGAGAGCGAGCGAGAGAGAGGGAGAGGGAGAGAGAAGCGAAGAACGGCGACUCACAAGAGGAGGACGAGGAAGAUAUCAACGAAGUGAACGAGGCCGCCGAUCUGCAGCGUCACCAGCAACCGCAGCAACCGCAGCCGGCCGCACCGCUAGCCAACCACCACGACGAGGAGCUGGAGAACAGGCAACGCCGACAGCAAGAGCAGGAACUGCAACAAGAGCAGCUGCUGCUCCUCCAACAGAAGCUGGCUCAGCAGCAGGAGAUGCAACACCAACAACACCAGCAGCAUAUCCAGCAGAAGCAGCAGGAGCCACAACAACCUGAGCCACAGCAACAGCAGCAGCAACAGCAGCAACAGCAGCUGGCGGUCGAGUCGAAGCGCAUGCCGAUGCAGACCAAGUCCCGGACGGCGAGCCACAUCCCCCUGCCGGUGGCGGCGCGCAGGCCGGGCGCGGCGGGGGGCGGUCCUGCGGGGGCUCCUCCCCGCGCCGCCCCCCGCGCCGGCCCGGGGCCGCGCGGGCUCGCCAUGGAGGUGGACGCCGACCCUCCCCGCUCGGCCCCGCUGCCCGCCCCCGUGCCGCGGUUCCGCCCCAUCGAGUCCCUGCAGUCGUCCGGCAAGCCCUCGGGGCCGGGCCAGCACCAGCAGGCGCCGGCCGCGCCCCUGGACGUGGAGCGCUACGGCCAGCCCGACUCGAGCACGACGCAGAAGUCCCCCAAGGCUUCCGGCAGGUGGGCGGAGGAGGGUCAGCCCGCCGCGACCGCACAGCCCGCGCAACCCGGCCCCCAGCAGCGCCCCCAACCGGCGGCCGCGGACCAGCCCGCCGUCGGCGGCAGGGACUCGCCCAUCCCCAACCUGGACGGCGGGGAGUCGCUCACGUGCUCCAGCUCCGAGAGCGAGUUCCAGCAGCUGGUGGCGCGGGAGCGUGAGAGCCUCUCGCAGGACCAGCUGUCCGGCAUCGACAGGCGCAUCGUCGAGGACCUCGGCAACAAGGACGACUGGCGGGUGCAGGCUGCGGCGCUGGACCGGCUGACGGCGCAGCUGCCGCAGCUGCAGGCGUCGCUGCAGGUCGGGGUGGGGGCCACGGCGCUGCUGCGGCUGCUCGUGACCGUGCUGGCCGAGGACAGCCACGCCAGGACCACGGCCGCCUGCCUGGCCUGCCUGCGCGCGCUGAUGCAGGAGCUGGCCGCCGUGCAGCACGGCCAGGACGCCGUCACGCCCGUGCUGGGCGUGCUCGUGCCCGCCGUGUGCCGCCGCGUGGGCGGCUGCAGCGCGGUCGCCGUCAAGCUGGAGGCGGUGCAGGCCGCCAGGGCCCUCGUCAAGUGCGUGCGCCCUGGCCCCGUCGUCGACGUCAUCCUGGCCCAGUCGUGCAUCGGCGCCAAGAGUUCCAAGAUGCGCGAGUGCGCGCUGCUGCUCCUGAUGUACGUCGCCAUGACGUUCCCCAGCGUGGAGCUGGACGGCCGCUGGGGCCGGGUGUGCGCGCGGGUGGCGCUGGCCGCCAGGGACCCGCGGCGCCGCGUGCGCCAGGCCGCGCUGGACGCGCUCGCCGUCCUGGCGCAGUUCAUGACCGCGCAGCAGAUGUCUUCCGCGCUCCGCCACGCCGCCAGCAAGCAGGCGACACCGAUGGCCACCGACGCGUACCUGGCUGCGGUGCAGGCGCGCCUCGCCCGGCGCCAGCUGCCCACCGUGGCGCCCAACGGCCUCAUCCUGUACGCCCUGCAGCUGCCCGCCAGCGGCUACCGGUCUCCGCAGCACCCCUCAGGCCCGGACGUGGAUUGGAUCAUGGCCGGGACUGGAUUUCUGUCUUCCGGAUCAGCUCGUUCGAGAGAGCAGCUGGUUGACCCCACAAGUGCUUCCAGGGAGGCGGCAGGGCGUUUGAGCGUGCGGCCGGGUAACCCCUGGACGGACAGGCGCUGGGACGCGCCGACGCCCAUCGCGCCGACACCCACGCACCAGCAGCGCGUCGUCAUCCAGGGUUCUCGCUGGUGGGCCGCGUGCACCCCCACUCGCAGUUCGUGUGCCCCUACCCGCACGCCUACCCCUACCCGUACCCCUACCCGCACCACCACCACCACCAGCAGCACGGCGCCGUGGCGGACCAGGAGCAGCAGCACCAGCUCAGCCAGACGUGGCCGCCGCGCGGGGCGGUCCCGGGGGCGGACCCGCUGGCCGCGCCGUUCAGCGCGGCGCCGCCGCCGGGGGCCGCGCCCGCGCUUCCGCGGGUGCUCAGCUCGCCGACCAACAGGAGAGGCCGCAGGAUCCUCGACCCACUGCCGUACCCCACCGGUUCCGCCCCGGUGCAGUCGAGGAGUAGUGCCGGCGCCGGGAGUAGCGACGCCAGUCCCGAGCAGCGCCACAAGAUGCCCCCGCUGGGGCCACAGGCCAACGGGGCCAACGGGGCGGACCACAACCACCACUACUACCACCACCUCAAUAACAGCAACAACCACUACAACCACUUCCACCUGCAGAACGGCUCUGUGGAGCGGAUCGUCCACGUCGACGACGCGUCCUCCAGAGUCCAAGCAGGCGCGGUCGCCCCCGGCGGGCGGUCGCAACAGCGCGGGCAGCCCGCUCAGAAGGGCCGACCCAACGCCCCGGCCGCGGGCCGCCUCCCCGCCCCCAGAGCCGCCGCGCUCGGGACGGGCGAGCACUCGCCCGCGGCCACCGACCAGGACACGCAUCACUCCCAGGACGG